AUGGCCAAGCCUCUGCUUCUGGUUCUCUGCUUUGCUCUGGUUGUGACGAGGGGCUGGGAACCCAGUAUUCCCCCCACAGGGACGAGCGAGCCCCCAGACAUGCAGACGGUGGUGCCCACGGAAGAUGAGACUCUGCAAAACGAGGCGGACAACCAGGAGAACGUCUUAUCUCAGUUGCUGGGGGACUAUGACAAAGUCAAGGCUGUGUCAGAGGGCUCAGACUGUCAGUGCAAGUGUGUGGUGAGACCCCUGGGACGAGAUGCCUGCCAGAGGAUCAAUGAGGGGACCUCCAGGAAGGAAGAUUUCUACACAGUAGAGACCAUCACUUCAGGCUCUUCUUGCAAGUGUGCCUGUGUUGCGCCCCCCUCUGCCCUCAAUCCCUGUGAGGGAGACUUCAGGCUGCAGAAACUACGGGAAGCAGAUAGCCAUGACUUGAAGCUCUCCACCAUCAUUGACAUGCUAGAAGGAGCUUUCUAUGGCCUGGACCUCUUGAAGUUGCAUUCGGUCACCACCAAACUGGUGGGGCGAGUGGAUAAGCUGGAAGAGGAAGUUUCUAAAAACCUCACCAAGGAAAACGAGCAAAUCAAAGAGGACAUGGAAGAAAUUCGGACUGAGAUGAACAAGCAAGGCAAAGAGAACUGCUCCACCAACAUCCUAGAUAGCAUGCCAGAUAUCCGGUCAGCCCUGCAGAGGGAUGCAGCGGCUGCCUAUACUCACACAGAGUAUGAGGAGCGAUUUCUGCAGGAAGAAACCGUGUCCCAGCAGAUCAACUCCAUCGAGCUCCUGCAGACACGACCCCUGGCCCCUCCGGAGGUAGUAAAGCCACAGCGGCCACUGCAGAGGCAGGUCCACCUGAGGGGCCGGCCAGCCUCCAAGCCCACCGUCAUCCGGGGCAUUACCUACUACAAAGCCAAGGACCCUGAGGAGGAGAACGACAUUGAAGAACAGCAUGAUGAGUUUUUCAGUGGUGACAAUGGAAUGGAUCUGCUGAUUGAAGACCAGCUCCUGAGACAUAACGACCUGCUGAGCAGCACCACCCGGAAGCCAGCAACCACCCAUCCCAGCACUGCUGUGACAACUGACCAGAGCACUCAGACCACACCCAUGUCCUCAACACUGCCACAGCCCACAACCACCAUGCCCAGCAUCACUGACCCUACUCUCUCUGCCUUGGUUGAACAACUCUCCACAACACCCCAAACCACCUCUGUGUUUCCAGAUCCCAUGGAGGAGAUAGUCCUUACACCUUCUACUCAGGGGCCAGCUACCACAGUGGCACAGACAGCUACCCAGCAACCUCUGACUUCAGCUUCUCUGCCAGUGACUCCUGGGGAGACAUUUAUGGAAGGUACCCAGGUGGCCCCAGUGCCUCCCACCACAGUCAGGACAGAUUCGCCAGGGAAUGAUGCUACUGCUGGGCAGGGCACAACCCCUUCCAGCCCCACCCUGAGCCCCGAAGAAGAAGAUGACAUACGGAAUGUCAUAGGAAGAUGCAAGGACACCCUCUCCACCAUCACGGGGCCAACAACCCAGAACACAUACGGGCGCAACGAAGGGGCCUGGAUGAAGGACCCCCUGGCCAAGGACGAGCGCAUUUAUGUGACCAAUUAUUACUAUGGCAACACCCUGGUGGAGUUCCGGAACCUGGAAAACUUCAAACAAGGUCGCUGGAGCAAUUCCUACAAGCUGCCAUACAACUGGAUUGGCACAGGGCACGUGGUUUACAAUGGUGCCUUCUACUACAAUCGGGCCUUCACCCGCAACAUCAUUAAGUAUGACCUGAAGCAGCGCUAUGUUGCUGCCUGGGCCAUGCUCCAUGACGUGGCCUAUGAAGAGGCCACCCCCUGGAGGUGGCAGGGCCACUCCGAUGUGGACUUUGCUGUGGAUGAGAAUGGCUUGUGGCUCAUCUACCCUGCCUUGGAUGAUGAGGGCUUCAGCCAAGAGGUCAUCAUCCUGAGCAAGCUCAAUGCCGUGGACCUGAGCACGCAAAAGGAGACCACAUGGCGCACAGGGCUCCGGCGGAACUUCUAUGGCAACUGCUUUGUCAUCUGCGGGGUGCUGUAUGCUGUGGACAGCUACAACCAGCGGAAUGCCAACAUCUCCUACGCCUUUGACACCCACACCAACACACAGAUUGUUCCCAGGCUGCUGUUUGAAAACGAGUAUUCCUACACUACCCAGAUAGACUACAACCCCAAGGACCGCCUGCUCUAUGCCUGGGACAAUGGCCACCAAGUCACCUACCAUGUCAUCUUUGCCUACUGACACCUCUGUCCCCUAUGAGCAGAAGCUGCAGAGGGGCCACUAGCACCUUGUAUGUAUGUGUGUGAGUGUGUGUGUAGGUGGGUAUGUGUUGUUUAAAAUAUAUAUAUAUUAUUUUGUAUAAUAUUACAAAUGGUAAAAUGACAAGUUGGGUCUAUUUUUUUUUUUUUUUUAAACAUGGAUUGUAGAUCAAUCCAUACGUGUAUGUGCUGGCCUCAUCCUCCCCAGUUUAUAUUUUUGUGCAAAUGGACUUCUCCUUUUGACCAGUAACUACCUUCCUUCUAACCCCUACCUUCCUUCUAACCCCCAAUCCCUCCAGUUCCCAGAUCUCAACUGGUGAGAAGGUUUCUUCAUCUGGGUCUUGCAGGCAGACAACACCAUAAGCAGGAGUGAAGGAGGCGAGAAAGAAGUACUAAGUGGCAUUGGGGUGGGGGGUAACACAAUGUAUUGGACAAAUUUUAAAAAACCCAGGAAAAAAAAUACUUUUAUACAAAAAAAUAAAGAAGAAACUUAAACUCA